AUGUCGUUAUCUGCUGCUACGACCAAAACGCUGAAAAACGGUGUCAAGAUCCCUAUCAUAGGGUUGGGUGUGUACAAGGCCCCUAAAGACGAGACAGAGACUAUAGUUUACAAGGCGUUACAGCAAGGAUACAAACAUAUUGAUUCUGCUCAAUUCUAUGGCAAUGAAAGAGAAGUCGGGUUGGCAAUUGCCAAGUUUUUGAAGGAUACACCAGGAAAGUCCAGAGCCGAUGUUUUCUACACAACAAAGUUGGCCCCAACCAACACUACUUACGAGCAAGCUAAAAGCGCAAUAGAGGAGUCUUUACAGAAGGUGAAAGAGAUCGGAUAUGUUGACCUUUUCCUGAUCCAUGCACCAGCAGCUGAGAAACAGCAGCGGUUGAACAUGUGGAAGGCUCUCCAGGAAUAUUACGAAGAAGGGAAAAUAAAGGCUAUAGGGGUGUCCAACUACAGUGUGCUGUUGUUGAAAGAGCUGCUAGGUUGGGACGGACUUAAAGUUGAGCCAGCCGUCAACCAGUUCGAGUUGAACCCAUGGCUCGUUCGUCCUGAUCUGGUCGAGUUUUGCAAAGCGCAGAACAUCAUCAUCGAAGCGUUCUCGCCACUCACAAGGGGCCAUCGGUUGGAAGACCCUGAGUUACUAGAAUUGAUUGAGAAAUCGUAUCCUGGAAAAACUACAGCUCAGAUCUUGAUUAGAUGGUCGCUUCAAAUGGGAUUUGUGCCGCUUCCAAAAUCAAGCAACGAAAAGAGGCUGCUCUCGAACUUGCAGUCCUUAGAUUUCGAGAUCAGCGACGCUGAUAUGGAGAAACUAACCCAUAAGGAUGACUACUACGUGUCGAAUCCGAACUUCGAUCCUAUCAAGAAAUAUUUUGAUAAGUGGUAA